AUGCAUGAGGAAGAAGUUGUUGAAGAAGAUGUUGUCAAGGAGUCUGCUCAAGCUCCUAAUAAUGAAAAUGUUGUGAUAUCCCCUAUUGUGAGAACAGAGGAAGCCCAAGAGAAAGAGGCUGAAAAUGAAGCUGGGAAUGUAGCUGAGAAGGAUCAACCGGAGAAAUCCAUGCAGAUUCAUACCCAUUUUGAACCCAUUCAGAGUAUGGCAGCAGAGUCUCAAGAGAAUUCAUCUAACGAAGAAUCCUCUGCUGAAGGUAUCAAGCUUCUAAAGUCUAUGACUUCUAUGCUCUCAUCUCUUCAGAAGAAUGUGGUCUCUAUGGGAUCAAACAUGAUAAAGGCUUUGAACACCCAGAAAGAAGAGAGAAAGGAAUUUUCUGAGGUUGUCAAAGUUCUUACUGAAUUGGACAAUACUCUGAAGAAGAACACCUUGAUGAAGAACCAGAUGGUGGAAAUCCAAGGAUGUUUAAGAAGAACAAAUGGUGAACGACUGGAAUUUGCUGACUCUAUUGCAAGAAAGUUUCAAGAAAAAGAGAAUGCGAAAGCCGAUGCUGAAAGAGAUCAACCUCGAAUCACCCAAGGCGAGUCAAGCAGAAGAAGUGACGGUGUGUCAACCGACACUAGAUCUAGACGAGCGCCAAACAACGAUGAAAAUCCUAGGACAACUAAAAGAGGCGGAGGUCGAAGCGGUGGUGAUCGUGGAGGCCGAAGUAGUGGUGGUGGUCGUGGUAGGCAAUCUGGCUUUGAUCAAAGAGGUCGUGCCAGUGGAGGUGAUCGUGGUGGUAGAUCAAGUGGAAGCGGUCGUGAUGGUCGUAGUCUUCCUCUUUUCUAA